AUUUUUUCAUUAUUACAUCCGUUAACUCCAAGAAGAGAGUGUGGUUUCCACUCUGUAAUUUUGAUUUUUCUAGGGUUUAUAGAAUUUUAGAAAACUAAAAAUGAUGAUGAUUAGAUCUUUGAGACUUCGUGUUCAUUCAUCACUGUAUAUUUCUUCAUUUUCAACUCUAUCAUCUUCCUCUUCAGCUGCAGCCGUACAAGCAGAUAGAACAAUUAAAGAAGGUCCAAGAAAUAAUUGGACUAAAGAUGAAAUUAAACAUGUCUAUGACUCUCCUGUUCUCGAUCUUCUCUACCAUGGAGCACAAGUCCAUCGACAUGCUCAUAAUUUUAGGGAAGUCCAGCAAUGCACUCUUCUCUCUGUUAAAACAGGCGGGUGUAGUGAGGAUUGUUCGUACUGUCCACAAUCUUCAAGGUAUAACACUGGGCUGAAAGCCCAAAAAAUGAUGGGUAAGGAUGCUAUUCUGGAGGCAGCAGAAAAGGCAAAAGAGGCAGGCAGUACGCGUUUCUGCAUGGGAGCUGCCUGGAGAGACACAGUAGGCAGAAAGACAAAUUUUAAACAAAUUCUAGAAUACGUUAAAGAAAUUAGGGGUAUGGGCAUGGAGGUAUGCUGCACUCUAGGCAUGAUAGAGAAGCAGCAGGCGAUGGAGCUCAAGGAGGCAGGACUAACUGCAUACAAUCACAAUCUUGAUACAUCAAGAGAGUUUUAUCCAAACAUCAUCACCACUAGAUCUUAUGAUGAGCGUCUGGAAACACUUAAGUUCGUCCGUGAAGCAGGGAUCAAUGUCUGCUCAGGAGGAAUUAUUGGGCUUGGCGAAGCUGAAGAAGAUCGAGUUGGUCUGUUGCACACUCUAGCAACACUUCCCGAGCACCCAGAAAGUGUUCCUAUCAAUGCAUUGCUUGCAGUGAAAGGAACACCUCUCGAAGAUCAAAAGCCAGUUGAAAUCUGGGAGAUGAUCCGGAUGAUUGCUACUGCUCGGAUAGUGAUGCCGAGAGCAAUGGUGAGGUUAUCAGCGGGGCGCGUUCGAUUUUCCAUGUCCGAGCAAGCACUCUGCUUCCUUGCUGGUGCCAAUUCAAUAUUCACAGGCGAGAAGCUCUUGACAACCCCCAAUAAUGAUUUCGAUGCUGACCAAAUGAUGUUCAAGGUUUUAGGGCUGACACCAAAGGCUCCAGAUUUCGAUCAGAAAGCGACAUCUUUCGAAGCUGAGAGAUGUGAACAAGAAGCAACUGCCUCAUAGUAAUAGUUGAUGUUCUGAUUUUUAAUUUUUUAAUCUUUUUAUUCUUUAGAUAAAACACCCUGUCCCUACCCCUCCAUGUGAGCUUCAUUUUCAGAUAAACGUUGAAUGUGAAACCCGGCCUACUUAUAAGAUUAGUCAACACUAAAAUCUCCAGUUUUGUGGUCUAGUGUAUGCUCUAAUUGAUUAGAUAUCUUCUGUUAAUCCAGCUUGUACCAUAUAAAGGUAUCAGUUUUUGCUAUAGCAGCCUUCCUAGAUGGAAAUUUGUAAGAUAACACUAAGAAUUGAAUCCUCUUGUAUUCAUGUAUAACAUUGUUAGAGAAUCAGCACC